GAAAAUUAAAAAAAAGUUUGACAUCCGAACGGUGAGGUAGGCUCUUUUUCUGUUUUCAGUCCUUAUUUAUUGUGAAAAUUACGCGAUUUUCGUGAUAGUUUGUAGAAGAUUACGCCAGUUUGAUGCCUAAAUUGUACUGAGGGUAUACCGGAGGGCAGUAUCGGCGCACGGUGAACAACAGCGAUGGUAAUGGAGGCGUCCCCGUCCCCGCAGAGCGUCGGUCGCGAAUUUGUCCGCCAGUACUACACGCUGCUCAACAAGGCGCCCGCCCAUCUACACAGGUUCUACAACAACUCGUCCUCGUUUGUACACGGCGGGCUGGACGCGCCCAACCGUGAGACUCUGCCCGUGGUCGGCCAGAAGCAGAUCCACAACCGCAUCCAGCAGCUCAACUUCCGCGACUGCCAUGCCAAGAUCAGCCAGGUGGACGCGCAGGCGACGCUGGGCAACGGCGUGGUGGUGCAGGUGACGGGAGAGCUCAGCAACGGCGGCGCGCCCAUGCGCCGCUUCACGCAGACCUUCGUGCUGGCGGCGCAGACGCCCAAGAAGUACUACGUGCACAACGACAUCUUCCGCUACCAGGACAUAGUGUUCAGCGACGAGGAGGGGUCGGGGUCGGGGCGGUCGGAGGGCGAGGAGGAGGAGAGCGCGGGCGGCGCGGGGUUCUUCCCGCCGCCGCCCGCCUCCGCCGCCUUCCCGCCCGCCGCCGCCUUCGUCGCGCCGCCGCCGCCGCCGCCGCAGCCGCAGCCGCAGCCGCAGCAGCCGCCGCAGCCGCAGCCGCAGCCGCAUCAAAUGCCGGCGGAGGCGGCGGACGCGACGCCGAGCCCCGCGCCGCAUCUCAACGGCCACCCGCCCGACGACCGCCAGCUGCAGUCUAACGUCGCAGCGGCGCCCGCGCCCGAGGCGGAGCCCGAGGCCGCGCGCGACUCGCCGCCGCCAGCGGCGGCGGCGACGACGGCGGCGAGCGUGCCGGAGCCGAAGACGUACGCCAACCUGCUGAAGUCCGGCGCAGCCGCGCCGCGACCCGAGCCCCCCACCCGCCGCCCGCACCCCGCGCACCCCACGCAUGUAGCGCACGCGCCGCCCGCGCCCGCCGCAACAGAGAGCGCGGCGACGAGCGGCGCAGGCGGUCGCCGCUACUCCGACUCCCAGCAGCUGUUCCUCGGCAACCUGCCGCACUCCGCCACUGAGGAACAGCUGCGCGCGCUGUUCGCGCAGUUCGGCGUCGUGGCCGAGCUGCGCGUGCACAGCAAGCCCGCGCCCGCCGGCGCGCCGCGCCAUCCCAACUACGGCUUCAUCACCUACGACAGCGUGCAGGCGGCGCGGCAUUGUCUGCAGGCGCAGCCGCUGUACUUCCCGUCGGACAGCGCGGACGGCGUGAAGCUGAACGUGGAGGAGAAGAAGACGCGCGGCCGCGAACAGCGGCGGCGCCCGCUCUCCUCGCAGCGCGCCUUCCCGCGCCAGCCCUACCGCCGCUAGCCGAUGCCGCAGCCCGCGCCGCCACUCGGCCGGUGAGCCCCACUCUGCAUCCACAUCUCAUGUCCUACACAUCUGUUGCGUGUCGAAACUCAAUGCUAAUUGUUUUCUCAUUCCAAAUUUUAAUAACAUCUGUCUGUCUAUAAAGAGUAAAAAAGAAAUGACUUGACUGGCAACACUAGAUGAUUUUCAACCAAUCUUGCAAAGUAUGUAUUUCGAUAUAAACCGUUUUCUACCCUUUAUAGACAAGACUAUACAUACGAUAUAUUUUUAAUAGAAAUUAUAACGAUUUCUUUCUGAUUUACUCUAAUAAAUGAGAUGUAUAUUAUUUUGGUAUCUCAGAAUUUUGUUAAAAUAAUUUCAAUUUAUGUUACUAACCUUUUAUAAACUCGUUUUUAUGCGCGCGUUUUUAAAUCUCCAUGCCUGAACAUACCCGUAUAAUUCUUCAAGGCUAUUUGUAUUCAUUUUAACAUUUGAAGUAGCAUACAAAAAUGUCACCGGUUGAAUACAAAUUCAAACUAUUGCGCUUUUGUAAUCUUGUGUGCUAUGUCGAAUGUUUGAUAAAUAAAACUCGCGCGUCUGCAAAGUUAAGAAAACGAGUUACCAUCGCCUUUUCACUUCCGAUCCGUAUCAAGGACUUCGCAUAAUAAAUGUUACAACAGUUGUGCGACAUCUGUCGGUGUCAAACGAGUGAUCUUAUUCAAACAUUAUUCAUCGUAGAUUUCUCCGUAAAAAUACCAUUUAUUUUGCAAAUAAUUCAUAUAAUGCUGCAUUUGUCAAACCCAUAUUUCAGUUCAGGCCCAGUGUAAUAAAUGUUAAUGACAUCGAGCGAAUCGCAACGUAAUUAUGCUUCAUCGUUCGUCGGACCGAAGAUAAUAUAUUCCUGGUCGUGUUCUCUUUUGUGAAGCGUGCUUUAUGUUGUGAUUCGUUAGCUUCACUAACUCCAACACCGCGGUUGAUUUGACGUCCAAUCAAAAAAAAAAUGUAUAAAAUGGCGCGCAAAACGCGGCAUAUCUCUACGCGUCUGGCCGUGGCCGUAGAGUCUAUCACCGCUACUGAACUUGUCGUAUAAGUAUUAGUAGUAAAACAUUUAUAUUUCGUUAUAUUUAGAGGAAAUCUGUGAAAAUGUAGGAUGUCGCUUGUGGCCGCGCUCAGACUCGUACUAACGCUUCGCAUCGCUAACCUUUCGUUUAAGUAGUUAGAUAGUAAAUUAAUAAUUUUUAUUUGUCGCCCUUCGACUAUCGGAUAUGUCACCGCGUCCCGCGGGUUUACUUACCUUGGCGAAACACGGCAACAGUUGCUUUCGAUACUUUCGCGGAAGUACAGGAAUAAGUUUCUUUGCAAUGUCACCGUCAAACUGCCAUUUUGUUUGUGAGUUACCGAAUGUGAAAAGGCGGUGUGACGUGUUACAAGAAUUGUAAGAUUCUUAGUCAAAAUAAAAUCAAAAUUAACUAUGUACUUUCACGGAUUAUUCGAAUUAAAAUUGGCUUUAAAACAGUGUAACUUGAAUAACAUAAUAUUCCCGCGCUAUUUGUACGUUGGUAUCGAAGCACUGCCGUCCGCCGCUCGCUUCCUUCUACGAUCAUGGAGUUAUUUGCGAUUUUAGGAGUACCUAUUUUGUAUUGUAUACUGUCGCCGGGCGCGACCUUUAGAAGGCGCUAGCGGCGCCGGCGCCGGCUCUCAUUUGCUAGACCCUUCCUUUGUAAGUUUAACGGUCCAUGGAAUAAUCUAAGUUCCAUCGUUGUCCCCAAACCAAACGCGAGCCUGUCCAAAUUGAAUAUUCGCUUAAUUUUCCAUCUUAUCUUUAAUGUUGGAUAUGUUGAGAACCGCGGCCGGCCGCCGGUGUAGGCUUAUGUCUGAAAUGUUUCAGUUCGUUAUUUUUUUACCAAUUCCAUAUCGGAAUUUAUAAUGGUAUGUAACUUAGGAGCAGGCUUGCCGUAACCUCUUAUGACGAUUCUUGUGCACAGUGUAUUUUGUGCUUUGACCGACACUUAAACAUAAAUCAUACAAUCCUUUUAUUUUAAUCUAGUAAAAUUGUCAGUAUUUACCAUUUAGCGCCCGAGUUAUUUAGUUGUAGUAAUUGAGUUGUCGAUGAAUCGUUGUAAGAGAUGAUGGCGGACCCCCGUAGUUGUAAUCGCCAAAUCACUUUCGUUUGGACAGUGACGACGUAUGGACGAUGUGUAUAAAAUAGUUCGAGCAUCUCUCUCGUCGCGCUUGGAAAAUAUAAAUUGUAGAUUAGUUUUCAGAUAUUUCCAGAAUAUAAAUAACGUAUUUUCUAUUUAUAAAUCUAUGUUACGUAUGGUUCGCAAUAAUGUUGAUGCAUUCGCAUUAAGCUAAGUCUGUGUCGAGUAGUAGCGGAGUUUGAACGCACAUACCGGAUUCUUCGUCAAAUAUAUCUUUUCCUAUUUUAGUCAGUGUGAUUAUAAUAUUUUGUAAAAUAAGAAAAUCUUCCUCAUCAAAAGAACUAACGGUUGGUCGAAUUUGGAAGGUUUUUUUUCGUGUUUAACUUGGUGUAUAUACCUCACUGAUUCAAAAUGUCCUAUACUUUGAAAUCAUCUGUUCGUACUUUUGACUACUGCUGGCUUUUCUCUAUUCUAUAGCAAUAACGUAAAAGUGUGUCGAAAGUGUUUGCACACAUGACACAAAUGUAACGUGCAUUCAGGCUUCGCUCGUCGCUGUUGUGUGCCAGCGCGCCCGCCCCACCGCGCGUGUUCUAGUGGUUCUCGCAAUUACUGUUAUCCCGGCAGAGCUUCAAUGUCAAGCUACAUCGAACAUUAUUCAAUAUGCAUCAAUAUAGCUCGAUGUUGUAAGCUGACGUCGCAAGCGGGACCCUGGGAGCCAGGCCACUGUUACAUAACAUCAAGGCUAGGUACAUGUAUUCGUAUUUUUUCUGAAUAAGCCCAGAAUCAAAGUCUCCAAAAAUUCAUUGGAUCCGUGUUUAUUUGUAAAAAUUACGCAAACACAAAGUCUGCCUUUGGAUGUGAGAUUCGCCGCAUUUCGGCAUGAUUAUGGCAGUAUUCCACAAUCUCGGCCAUUCGAUGCCGGGGCGCGGCGGACGCUAGUUUUCCAUCAAGUUGUGCAAGGAAAAUGCUGAAGGAUAAAUCCAUCCCAUAUUCUUUUCAUUUUUGCUUCCAUCUUCUCUCUCUUUCUAUCCUAUAUCAACAUUCGAUGUCUUAUUCCAAUGAAUUUCCAAUGAAAUGAUGUUGUAUCUUAUCGAUUCCGCAAUGAUUCCUAGCACAGCUAGUCGGGAAGCGGGCGAAAAGCUCGUCUGCCGAUGACGACUAACGUCAAUGACAAAUUGGCAGUGACUUUUAUAUUGUAUUUGUUUUCCUCGGUAUGUUUAUACUAUAAUUUUUUUUCUAACUAGACACAUUUAUUUACAUAAGGAUAUUUUUAAUUCAAAGUUUGAAUAAUGUAUAACGAAGAAAACAUACGGUGGGGUAAUACGCGCGAUUACGUCCUGUUGUGUCAUAAUACGGAGCUGAGUCGACCACGACAAUGCAGCUCGGUCGGGUAGGGGCAAUACUCUCUCGUAAUGAAUUGUCCGCCCGAGAGAUUUGAUGUAUAAUUGUCAUCGUGAAAGUCGGAAGCUUCACCGCGUGUUUUUACAAGCAGUUUGUGAAAAAUUUCGUGUACUUAUUUAUUGUAAAUAACAGUUUGGAAUCGACGUUUACUGUAUCUGAGGACGGCGACGACUCGCGCCGGCGGCGGCUGUCGGCCGCAGCGACGCGUCAUUGCGCUAUGUUUGGAACUGUCAAUAUUGUAUCUAAUAAUUAAAUCAAACUAUGGCAAAACUAUGACUACUAUACUUCAGCCGUGGUUUGUAUCUUGAUUUAUUUUCGUUUUUUCACUUGAAUAGUUUUUCAUCUCGUAUAUUUUGUUGUUUAUAUACGAAAACACUUUCUGCAUAGUAAGAUACAAACGUAGUCGAGUGCAAGUUUCCCGCCGGCACGAGCCCCGCCGUCCGCUCCGCUGCCCCCGCCUCCGCGGCGUCGCCGGGACCUCCUUCAUAUAGUAAUUAUAAUACAUAUUGUAUUCUAUAUCGAUAUCUUCACCGUUCGCGGACAUUGGAUCCUAAAGUAGAAUUUCCAUCGCCAUUUCUAUAAAACAAAUCGCAUAAAAGUCUUGUUUGAUCAGACACAGAAAAACGUAUUCCACUUCGUAUUUUAUUUUGUUUAUCGAAAAAGCAAUAUUUCUAUCUCGAAGGCAAGCAUCCGGCAUAGCUUUGCGGCGCUUUAGUCAUAUUUGUAAAAAGGCCACAAAGAGUGUAAUUUUUUCCAUCUCGUUAAACAUUUAUUUUCUACAUAAGCCGUAAUUUAAAAAAAAAGCCGUUUCAAAUAAAAAUCCGCUCAGCUUCCCGGUCCAAUCUACGCAAACGGUACUUAAGCAUUAUACUGUAAAAAUAAAACUAACCCAUUGCUCCUAAAGGGAACUAACGAUUAAUGUAGUUAGAAUCAGCACUGAGUUGUACUGUACAUGUAAGCAUGUAUUGAUAUUCUGAAGUGGCGACGUCCCGCGACGGCGCCUCGCGGGGGUGGGCGGGCCCGCUCCACUCUGUGCUGAUACGAGGAUGAUAGACGAUAGCCACCACUUAUGACAUUUCAUAUUUGUUCGAACAUUUUCUCAUAUGCAUUUGUUUUUAAACGCGUUUUCAUGUUUAUCGACCCGCAGUUUAGGCCUAAACUAGUUGAUAAUAUCUUCGACGAUUGAUGCAAAUACUUUUUAAAAGCCCUACAGACAAUACAGUAAUAGACCUGUUGAUAAUUUGUCAUUUUUCCACCAUACGGCCGCCAUCGUCGAUCGUCCGUCAAAAUCAGUCCUCAAUCAAGUUAAUUAUGUCUAUUUUUAUUGUCAAAUUUGUAUCGAAUUAAUUUAAUUUCCAAUGGGAAUAAUAAAUUGUAUAGAUCGCUAGUGGAGCGGGUGCGAGCAGCGUUUUCCUGGUAAAUUUUCAAGUGCAGUGAUCGGAGCGACGCGCGCGCCGGCGUGACGUCACGCUGCGCGCGAGCGUCGCUCUCUAAUAGAGAUGUACUUUUUGUAACAAA